CUUAAGAGGCGACAACUGGCACCCUAUUUAAAUCGCGCCCCCUGCGUUUUUUCCGAUUGUUAGGGUUUUUAACUUACGGAGAGCGGAAGAGGCGGCAGCUAUGUCGAAGAAGAACAACUUGUCGAAGCGGAAGAAACAGCACGAAUUCGAUCUCAAAAGAGAAAAGGAAGAAAGGGAGAAGAAAGAGAAGAAACUGCACGCUAAAAAGAACAAAAUGAAGGUUGAUGGAUCAGCCGUGAAAAGGAGGAACAAUGGAAAAUUUAGAGUUGGGAAGGUGAAAACCAAAUUGUCAAAAUUGGCCAAGGCUAAAGCAGCCCAAGCAAUGGAACUCGACAAAUAACCAACCAUUUGAAAAUAGAGUUCUGAUUACAUGAGCGGAUCCUGGCAAGUUGAUCCAUGCACUAUGCAAGUUCAGCUUAAACUAUAGCUGCUAUACUCUUUUUGCUCGUACAACUAUGUAAUCAAAUUUUACUAUGUUAUUAACACUUGAGCAUGAAAUGUGAAUCGAUGUAUGUAGUGGUUGUUGUGACUUGCUCGUAUUUAUUGUUAUCCAAAUUAGUAUUGUGAGUUUUGCUGAUUCAA